GAAGAAGCAAUUCUACCCCUAUUAACAGACCAUGUAAAUUUUGGAAUGGACUAUGAAGGUUCUUGGAAGGACUAUGGUCUAAAGCAACUCUAAUCCCUAUCUCCAUUCUCAUGUAGGUUUUAGGAGAGACCUAAAUCCGCACCCUCGCACCUGACUGCCCACCAUGCUCAGUGUCUUCCAUCUCACAGUUACAUCUGACAAAGGAUCAGCAGAAGGAUUAGGAUCCAAAAAGAAAAUACUGAACAAAUCAUUGGCAAAACCGAUCAGUGUUUUUAUUUUCAACUCACUUGGUUGCAAUUUAUAGGUCGUUACCGAUGAAUGUCUAUUCCUUAAAUUCAAGGGGUAGCCAGUGCACUACAUGUACUAAUGGCUAACCAAAGAAGGAACUAUUUUCGCAUGUGUAAUGGCUAUUCUAUCGAGCUCUUACUCAGAGCCCAUUCAAUGAACCAAAGAGUCCUUUCGUGUUAUGUUCAAUGAACCUUUGUGUGUCCUCUAUCAUUUGCCAAAUAAUGAUAUGCUACAAACCAGCUGAAAGAGUGGUUUAGGAUGGUCAUGAAAGAAGCAUCGUCUAUCUUCUUGCAUUGUUUCUUUGUGCUACUAAAACAUGCACAAACAUUAAAAGGCGCAUGUUAAAGGCAAUAGUUUUGUUCUAAUGUUGUUCCUGUUGUCAUUUAGUUAUGCAUCCAUAUGCACAGGAUGCUUUCUUCUGUGCUCCACCAUUUUGGUAACGUAUUUUGUGAAUUCAUGCUUAAGACAAUGAUUGUUUUGAUUCUCUCUUGUGGAGAGGUUGCUAGUUGGGUCGCAGGGUGUCUGGGAAAAGAAGGAUGGUUGUCAAUUAGUUAUGGUAUUCCAUAAUCUUUCUGACUAAGACCUGGCCUUCAGUUAUUCUCUUCUUUUUCCUGAAGCCAGGUAUAUCAGAUGCUCUUUUUUGUAAAUUUACCCAGUGGUAAGACAACUGAACUUAAGCUCCUGGAUUUGAUGGAAGCUUAGCAGAGAUCGAAAAAAUAUAUGAAAUCGCAGUUGGGGGUUCAGAUGAUGAGAAGAUGGCUGCUGCUACUAUUCUAUGUGGUGCGUCUCUUGUUCGUGGGUGGAGUGUCCAGGAGCAUGUCGGCCUUUUCAUUGUAAGAUUACUUUCGCCUCCCGUUCCAGCAGAUUACUCCGGGAAUGAAAGCCCUUUAAUUGGCUAUGCGCCAUUUCUUAAUAUUCUUCUUGUUGGAAUAUCACCUGUAGAUUGCGUCCACAUAUUCUCCUUGCAUGGCUUGAUCCCACUCCUAGCUGGUGCACUGAUGCCCAUUUGUGAGGCUUUUGGGUCAUGUGUCCCCAAUAUCUCGUGGACUCUUCCCACAGGGGAAGAACUUUCUUGUCAUGCAGUCUUCUCCAAUGCAUUUACACUUCUUCUGAGGUUAUGGAGAUUUUAUCAUCCACCUCUUGAGCAUGCAAUGGGAGAGACACCACAUUUGUGUACCGAAAUAAGCCCUGAAUAUCUUCUAUUAGUGCGGAACUCUCGCUUAGCAUCAUUUGGUAAUUUGCCAAAAGAUCGACUGAGAAGUAAGAGACUGUCAAAAGUGUUGACUAUGAGUGUCGACCCCAUAUUUAUGGAUUCUUUUCCUAAGUUAAAAAGUUGGUAUCGGCAGCAUCAAGAAUGUAUUGCUUCCAUUCUUUCUGAGCUCAAACAUGGGACUGCUGUUCAUCAGAUUGCGGAUGCACUCCUAAGUUUGAUGUUCAGGAAGGUAAAUAAAGGAAGUCAAUCUUUAGGUUCUACUUCUGGAAGUAAUAAUUCAUCUGGCUCUGGAGCUGAAGAUGCUGCUCUUAGACUCAAAGUACCUGCAUGGGAUAUCCUGGAAGCAACUCCAUUUGUGCUUGAUGCUGCUUUAACAGCUUGUGCUCAUGGAAGGCUCUCUCCUCGUGAAUUGGCUACAG